GCCAUGGGCGGAACCAAAUCGGGAGGAGCGCGGGGGGGAGGGAGGCUGUCUGGCAGAACGAGAGGGGAUGCAUGGGAACCCAUUCUGAGUGAAUCGGGGAGGCCGCGAAAGAGGCUGGAGGCCGGAAGGGCGGGCCACCUUAUCGUGGACGGGAUGGCAGCUACGCUUUAAGGGAGAAAGAAAUGCUGGGGGGGAGCGAGUGGCCCUUUGGGGCCCUCAGCAGCAACAGCAGCGUUUUGAAGGAAUCAAGCGUAUCUGCUGGAAAAAGGAUACAGAAUGAUUUCACAAGAAGGAUAACUAAACUGUGAAGAUUUUAAAAGAAGCAGCUAUGACAAUACAGUGACUUCAGCCUUAGUACCUUGAUGUUUACAACUUUGGCCUGUUCAGAAAUGUUUUUUGCAUUUUCAAGGAAAAAUGUGUCCCAGAAAUUGAGCUUACUGUUGCUGGUGUUUGGCUUUAUCUGGGGCAUAAUGUUGCUGCGCUAUACCUUUCAACAUCCAAGGCAACAGAGCAGUGCUGAGCUGCGUGAACAAAUACUUGACUUAAGCAAAAGAUACGUUAGAGCACUGGCAGAAGAAAACAAGAACAUAAUGAAUGGUGGUAAUGGAGUUGCAAUGGCAGGCUAUGCUGAUCUCAAAAGAACAAUUGCAGUUCUUUUAGAUGACAUCUUGCAACGCUUGGUCAGACUGGAAAACAGACUGGAAAAGGUUGAUUACAUGGUUGUAAAUGGCUCGACAACGAAUACUACAAAUGGGAACUUGAUGCCAGAAAGUAAACGAGUAAAUACAGCAAGCAACAUAAGAUAGCAUUCAAAAUCACUUGGUGUAGCUGUAUUUCCUACAGAUCUUCUAUUUAGAGAAAGGCAAACACAACAGUUCAUUUGCGGUGGUCUGUAUCCUGUUGCAACAGGAAAUGCUGAACACGUGCAAUCCCAACUUUUUAUAUAUAUAUACAUAUAUAUAAAGCUCUAAAAGUCUUUGUGUUAAGAUAGCUCUUUCAUAAAGCAAUGCUGUUAUAAAUAUCUUAUUUAAAGAUAUGCUGGUGACUAGUGUAGAACGAUAAGUAGGAUCAUGUGUAAAUUGUGUGAGAGUCUAUGGCAAUUAUGAAAAAGAUAUAACAUUAAUAUUGAAAUAUCUGAAUAUAAUUCUAACGUAUCUUGGAGAAAGUUUAGCAAUCUUAUGAUCUGGUCUACUAAUACAUAGUAAUGAAGGGUAAUGCCUUUUAAUAUGAAUGCUGAAAAGUAUGUAUACAUAACAUCACCUUUACUGAUGGCUAUUUUUUUUAACAAUUGAGAUGAUAUCAUGGAUGAAAUUAUUAAACAAUGAUCCAAAGAAUGUAUUUUAUUUGCACUAUCUGUGAAAUAGAAAGAGAAUGUAUUAAAAAUACUGUUAGAUUUGUGAAAACUUUAAAUAGCAAUUAUGUCAAGGUGCAUACUUGCUACAUAAGUAGGGCAGUUAGAUCAUCAUGGUAGACUGUAAUCUGUGAUGUUUCAGAAAUAUUUAAACAAAAGAAUUUAGCAACUGAGAAUACAUCUUAAGCGACAGGCGUCACACUUACCAGAAAAUGGGCACUGCUAGCUUUUUUAUCAACUGCUUUUCUUGUGAAUAUACGAGUCUCUUGCAGUUUGCGAUAAAUGUGACACACUUUCUCUUAAGUUACCUUUACAGAAGAAAAAACAAGGGAUGAUUGCACAUUGAUGAAGGGAAGCAAGGCAUCUUGAAGUUUGGUUGCGUAUAGUCUAUCAGGCACUGCUGCUGUGCAAUUGCCUUUUUGAAAGGAGUGCUGAUUGUGAAACAAUAGUGCCGAGUGCCUAUGCACUCAAGCUUUUCUUACGGUGGACUUGAAAGCAAGUGGGAAUAAAGGUGAACACUGCCUUAUUAUCCAUGUUAGCCUUAUAGCAGAGAAUUGCAGUGAGGGUGCACUACAUUACACAGUGUGCUUUCUGUAUCAUAAUUUAUAAAAUGAAGUGCCAGUCCUGAGUUUUACAUCUGUAUGGAAUGAUUUUCAAUUAUUUCUUCUAGCAUUAUUAUUAUUUCAAAUACGCUGUGUAGUUUUCAAAAAACAUCUGUUUAAAGAAAGAACAAACACUUGCAGUGUGUAUAUUACCGUCCCAAAUUACUGUAUUAUGCCUGCAGAUGGCUGUAGAAUCUGGAUAGAUUAAAAAUAAAAUGGAAGUCUAUAUGGUCAAA